AUGAAAAUGUUCAGUGGUUGGCGUCGUUUUGCUUUUGGUGUUCUAUUAAUUUUACUCCUUACUCGUCUGUAUUCUGCAGUCAGAGAGCUGAGCAGCUCAAAAAUGUCAGAACCCCAUAAACAACUAAACAAGAAAUUUGAUCAUCUGGUUCUUGGUCCUGCUGCUGGCCAAGGCUUGUCAAACCGUUUGCAAUGCCAAGGAUCAAAAGCUCUCAACAGGACCCAUUCUUCAAAUGACAGAUUAGUUGUUGGAAACACUUCAUAUAAUAAGAUGGACAGGUCAAUGGCUGUGUUGAAUAUCUUCAUUAACUUCAUUCAGGUAGCAAUGCCCCAGAGCGAAGUGAUUAUUCUCACAGAUCCAGUUUCUGACCUUUCAGUGCACAGAAAUAGGGUCUCUCUGUAUCCCAUACAAGGUGAAUAUUCAAGAGACAAGUUGAUGCUCCAAAGGAUCAGGUCUUACAUUACCUUUUUAGAAACACGACUUCACAAGCUUUCUCAGAAUUCGAGGGAUAUCACUCAUUACAUCUUCACUGAUUCUGAUAUGGCAGUGGUUGAUGAUUUAGGGCAGAUUUUUCGUGACUAUCCUAAUUUUCAUAUGGCUCUGACCUUCAGGAACAACAAGGGUCAGCCUUUGAAUUCAGGAUUCAUUGCAGUAAGGGGUACUUCUGAUGGAAUUUUAAGGGCAAAGCUUUUCCUACAAGAGGUUUUGAAAAUUUAUGUCUCAAAAUACAUAAAUGCUUCCCGCAUGCUGGGUGAUCAGUUAGCUCUUGCUUGGGUUGUGAAGUCAAAACCUCAUUUCGAUGCCAGCAGAUUUGCCAAAACAAUUGCUUUCUCUGAUGACAUUGGUGGUACUUCAAUAUUGUUCUUACCCUGUGCCAUAUACAACUGGACUCCACCAGAGGGUGCUGGUCAAUUUCAUGGCAUGCCUUUGAAUGUUAAGGUUGUUCAUUUUAAAGGAUCAAGAAAACGUCUAAUGCUCGAAUCAUGGAAUUUUUAUUCAGCAACUCCAGAAAUUGCUGAUAUGUUAUGCCUCAUUUUGGGAAGUGGAAGAACAAAAUAUGAUUUUUGA